UACAUACUUUGCUGCAUAGCCUCAAUGUGGCCCACCCCAUCACCAAGAAUUCAAGGGAUUCCAAAAACUUAUAAACCUCAUAUCUGUCAACCUUACAUGUCUCCCACUGCCUGCGUAUAUAUUAAUUUCUCUUUCCAUGUAAAUGUCCCUCUCCCUCUUCUCUUGACUCCUUCCCUCCUCCUUCACACUUGCCAUUUACUGUACUCUAGUAUCACAUCAUACAUAUCAACAUCAUACAUUAUCAACAUCAACUACUUCUUCUUACCCCGCAGAAACCAUCCAGGUCAUCCGUGUUAUCCUUUGCCACGAUAUAUAUUGUGACAACGAUUUAUAAGUUAAUUCCAAUAAAAAGAUUCCCAAGCUCUUCCUUGUAACACGCACAUACCUAAAAAGAAAAACCAGCUGAACAACGCCUGAAUUUCCAAAUCUGACAUUGGAAAGACCAUGGCUGUGCUGGUGCAAGUGAUUGCCAAGAGGCAAAGCAAUGAUUUUGAUGACGAGAAUGAUAAGUGAGUCAAUUUCCCUUCGUGUUUUCUUACCAUCUUUUUCUUCUUCCCAACCUCCCACUUUUCUUUGUUGUUGGAUGUGAAAGCCGUGAACGUCGGAAAUAAGCUCGACGUCUCUACCUACCAAGAGCAACUUUUUGGGAUUUCAGCCCCAUUUCCAUACAUCGAGCGAUACUUAAAAAGUUGCAUAAUCAUAUUCAACUCAUUUUAAUCAUCCAAUGAUUGCUCGCGAUACCAUUCACGAAAUCAACCAACUAACAAGAUGGCCUACAGCUGCGAUUACUAUGGAAACUGCUAUUCCACAUGGGGCAGUUGGGGACGAUGGGUUGUCCUGGUUCUCAUAAUUCUCGCCUUUGUUUUAUUGGCUUUUGGAUUAUCGUAUGUUUUGCUCCAUCCCUAUUAAAAUACUUUACUGUACUGGCACCAUCUUCCUUCGUCCAAAGGAAACUCAGCCAUAAAUUUCCGCAUUUCAAAUCACAACAAAGCACUAACACUACUCACUAGAUGUCUCAACUCCCGUCGUCGCCGUCGUCAAGGCGUUCAACCAAUGUAUGGUACUGGCUGGAUGGCUAAACCACCUCCAUACGGCCACUACAAUCAACCCGGAGCUUAUAACUAUGGGCCUCCUCCUCCAAUGUACACCCAAAAUGGACCAAUACCACCUCAACAGACGGGUAAUACGUUCAAUAGUAAUGAUGGAUACUACGGACAUCAUGGUCAACCUGUUCAACAAGAGGGAAUUGAGUUGCAGCAGCCGCCACAUGCUUAUACCAGGGGUGGGGAGGAUGUUUAUCAGGCGCCAACGGGCCCACCACCUGGAAAGAUGGCUGAGGGAGAUGGUAUUAUUCGAUAAAUGCCCAAAACGGGUAGAAUGAAUGGGGAUGGAUGUUGGAAGUUGUUCGGGUAGAUCCAUGAACAUGAAGGAGGGGCUUUGUUUUUGACUGUAGAGGUGAUUGGUGGGAGGUGUCAGGUUACGACUAUACCAUAUGAUGCUGUUACAGCACAGGGCGAGUAGAAGGGUGUAGAAUGAUCGAAAUGAUUACGGAUCGCAGGAUUCGUGUCAUGCCAUUGACGUCACUUUGGGUCCGGGGCUAGGCAAUCAACGUAGGAGUUAGGGAAGGGAUUUGCCAACUUAGGCGUGGCCAUACUAUGAAUGGUAAUGAUAAAUGGAUAAUACAAACUAGGGUAUGGGUGAUGGGGAACUGAGCUGGUAGCUUUUUGUAUCCAAAUAUAUGGUUUGUCAUCUGAUUGCUGAAGGGAGAGAUCUCCGUUACGCUAAGAUUUUGCAUCUAUUACAUAUGCGCGGUCCGUUCAUGUCGAUACUUUCUAUUUGCCAAUAU